GCGCACACCCGCUGUGAUGCGCGGACACGUGAAGCCGGAGCUUAUGUACACAGGACUCUGGAGGAAAGUCUCUGGACAGGUACUUCGCUAAAGGCUGAACUGAUUCAUUCAAGGCCUUCAGCGUUUUAGUCUCUGAAGGCUGACCGGCACCAGUGCCCUGCUGGUAUCAACAACUUACAUCGGAAGCCCGCUUAAAAGUUUGUUCGAUAAAAACAGAGUUUGUUUUUGUAGAGUUUUAUUUUAUCAUUAGUAAACGCCUCGAGUAAAUCUAAGAAAGUACUUGGAUCCUCGUAUUUUUUUCUCUGUUCAUCUGGGAGUCGAAUGGCCUCUGUUGUUACAGUGAAGACAGAGAAGCGUCCUUCCCAUGACUCUGAGGAUGGCGACACAGUGGCUAAGAAGGCCAGGAAGUUGUUGCCCAGCCUGAAGACCAAGCGUGCUCCUGAGCUGGUGCUGGUAAUCGGCACGGGGGUGAGUUCAGCCGUGGCUCCUCAGGUGCCUGCUCUACGCUCCUGGAAAGGUCUGAUCCAGGCGCUGCUAGAUGCUGCCAAUGACUUUGAUCUGCUUGAGGAGGAAGAGAGCCGCCGCUUCCAAAAAAGUCUGCAAGAGGACAAGAAUCUGGUGCAUGUUGCUCAUGACCUUAUCCAGAAACUUUCACCGAGGACGGGAAAUGUACGCUCCACCUUUUUUAAAGACUGCCUCUAUGAGGUGUUUGAUGACUUGGAGUGUAAGAUGGAGAACGCUGGAAAGCAUCUCCUUCGCUCCGUGCUGCAGUUGAUGGAGAGCGGUGCUCUGGUCCUCACCACCAACUUUGACAAUCUGCUAGAGAUUUACGCCGCUCACCAAGGGACCAAGCUGGAGUCUUUGGAUCUCACAGAUGAGAAGAAGGUUCUGGAGUGGGCUCAGGAGAAGAGGAGACUGAGCGUGCUCCAUAUUCACGGUGUUUACACAAACCCCAGCGGCAUCGUGCUGCAUCCCGCUGGCUACCAGAACGUUCUGAGGAACACAGAAGUCAUGAGGGAGAUCCAGAAACUCUAUGAAACCAAGUCUUUCGUGUUCCUGGGCUGCGGGAGGACCGUAGACGACACCACUUUUCAGGCCCUGUUCCUCGAAGCGGUCAAACACAAGUCUGACCUCGAGCACUUCAUGCUGGUGCGGCGAGAGGACGUGGGAGAAUUCAAGAAGCUCCGAGACAACAUGCUGGACAAGGGCAUUAAGGUCAUCUCGUACGGCAACGAAUACGCCGACCUGCCGGAGUACUUCGAACGACUGGCCAAUGAGAUUUGCAACCGGGACGUGGACCGCGACGUGGUUACCAACGGCUGGGGAUCCCCCAUCUCACAAGGUGAAGAAAGUCAAAAUGGCUUCACCCAGAAAAACCUCCUGCAAGUGCAUGCUUCUAGAACCAUAGAAACAUGAUCGCAGUUUUAUACUCGCCUUCCCACUGUACUUCUCUGCGCCCGUGGCUUCCUGUGAUGAAAUCAGCUGAUGCGCACUGUUGUAACGAGACCUUCAUUGUAGCUCUUCCUCUUUCCCCGUCCAGACUACCACUCGUGACACAAGUGGCAGUCUGGAAAGGUUUCCACAGCUCCGCCGCCCCCUUCCGCUCGGAUCUGGUAUGACUAGAUCUUCACGCACAACAGACUCAUUUCUCAUACUUAAACCGAGCGCCUCCAGCACCGGUUUCGCUUCACGCGGGAAAGGCGUCAGUAAAAGCACCACCAAGCAAACUGUGAACUCCUGCAACUCGGAAAAUGUUUAUGAAAAUGCUCUUCGUGUGAGUGAGGGAGGAUUUUUUUUUUACGUGGUUUUAAGUGUGGACGUGUGGACCAAGAAUGAUGUUCAGGGCAGUCCGAUCUUAAACAUGAGCUGUCAAAUACCAAAACAUUUGAACGGGGGUGUGAGUAAUGCAGUCUCACUAUCCAUUUUUCACAUCAGGAAAUGCACAAGCGAUAAAAUCCAUCGAGAAAUGUCCACGUCAUAUUUCACCUCUAAAUUAGUGUAAGUGCCGUCAAACGAUUAAUCGCAUCCAAAAGAAAUGUUUUGUUUACAUACGUGUUCAAUUAGGUAUAUAUAAAUGCACAAGCAUGCUGCAUAUAUUUAGAAAAUUUUUACAUGUAU